AUGGAGCCCACCCCCCGCCGGCCCCCACGUGCCCACCGCCCGCUGCUGCCCACCCCGCCGGGCCCGGGGCCCCCCCAAAAUGCCCCCGGGGACCCCCAGACACUCCUCACCGACCCCCGUAGUGGACGCUCCUAUGCCAAGGGGCGACUGCUGGGCAAGGGGGGCUUCGCUCGGUGCUACGAGAUGACGGAGACGGGCAGCGGCCGCACCUACGCAGUCAAAGUGAUCCCCCACAGUCGGGUGGCCAAACCGCACCAGAGGGAGAAGAUCCUGCACGAGAUCGAACUGCACCGCAACCUGCACCAUCGCCACAUCGUCCGCUUCUCGCACCACUUCGAGGACGCCGACAGCAUCUACAUCUUCCUGGAGCUCUGCAGCAGGAAGUCCUUGGCGCACAUAUGGAAGGCCCGGCACACGCUCCUGGAGCCCGAGGUGCGCUACUACCUGCGGCAGAUCAUCUCCGGCCUCAAGUACUUGCAUCUCAAGGGCAUCCUGCACAGGGACCUCAAGCUAGGAAACUUCUUCAUCAACGAGAACAUGGAGCUGAAGGUGGGAGACUUCGGGCUGGCCGCCCGGCAGGAGCCCGCGGAGCAGAGGAAGAAGACCAUCUGCGGGACCCCAAACUACUUGGCGCCCGAAGUUCUGCUCCGCCAAGGCCACUGCCCCGAGUCGGACAUCUGGUCCCUGGGCUGUGUCAUGUACACCCUGCUCUGCGGCAGCCCCCCGUUCGAGACGUCCGACCUGAAGGAGACGUACCGCUGCAUUAAGCAGGUGCGCUACACGCUGCCCGCCGCCCUCUCCACCCCGGCCCGCCAGCUCCUCGCCGCCAUCCUCAAGCGCCACCCCCAAGAGCGUCCCACGUUGGACGAGAUCCUGCACCACGACUUCUUCACCAAGGGCUACACCCCAGACAAGCUGCCCCCCAGCAGCUGCGUGAUGGUCCCCGACCUGCCCCCGCCAAACCCGGCCAAGAGCCUCUUUGCUAAAGUCACCAAGAGUCUGUUCGGCCGAAAGAAAAGCAAGAGUAAGAAGGCCCCCCCUGAGGAGCGGGACGAGGUCUCUCGCCUGGUGAUGGGUCUCCUGCACACCUCCAUCCGCCAGCAGAACGACUCCAAGGACGCGGUGGGCCGCCCCGAGACUCCUGCCCCGCCGGGCCUGGCGUCCCCCAGCCUGGCCGAGACCCCACCGGAGGACAGCUUCAGGAAAUCCGGCUCCGCCCGGGGAACGCUGGCCAGCAGCUGUGAUGCGUUUGAAGAAUGCGUCACGGCGGCCAUGGUCAUGGAGUCGGCCAUCUGGAGCCUCAGAACGUGCCUCGCCUUCAUGCCCCCAGCCGAGCGGAACCCGGCGCCGCUGGCCCAGUCGGAGCGGCUGGUCUGGGUCAGCAAGUGGGUGGACUACUCCAACAAGUUCGGCUUCGGCUACCAGCUGUCGAGCCGCCGCGUGGCCGUGCUCUUCAACGACGGCACCCACAUAGCCCUGUCGGCCAACAAGAAGACCGUGCACUACAACCUGACCAACAGCAAGCAUUUCUCCUUCCCCGUGGGGGCCGUCCCCGAGCAUUUGGAGGCCCAGCUCAGCGUCCUGAAUUACUUCGCCUCCUACAUGGAGCGGCAUCUCCUGAAGGGCGGAGACCUGCCCAGCGUGGAUGAGAUGGAGCUGCCCCCGCCCCUGCUGCUGCAGUGGAUAAAGACAGACCAGGCCUUGCUGAUGCUGUUCAGUGACGGCACCGUGCAGGUGAACUUCUACAUCGACCACACGAAGGUGAUCCUGAGCGGCUGGCAGCCACUGCUGGUCACCUACGUGGCGCGUGACCGUAGCGCCUUCACCUACAAGGCAGCCCACCUGCAGCAGCACGGCUGCUCUCCCGACCUGCAGCAGCGGCUGCGCUACAUCCUGCGGCUGCUGCGGGAGCGGAGCGGCUCCUAGAACCCGGACCCCGGGGGAGGGAGACGACCCUUCCCCCUCCCCUCCUCGCCACGUGCCCAGCCGGUGCUCCGAGGCGACCACGGCCCGGGUCGAACCGUGGACUUGGGACGUGCCUCUUUGGGCUCCAUCCCCGAGAUUGGCUCGGGUCUCCGACCUCUGACCUCCACAGGUUGUGAUGAUUGUCAGUAUCUGAGCUGCUGCCACCACCGUUCUCCGAGGCGGGGGCCCGCAGGCUGUUCUGGGGGCGAGAGCUGCCCCUGCUGGGGUAUUUUCAUUUUGUUCAUGCCCUACUGAUGCCAAAAACAAGAAACCAAAAUAUUCCUCUAGCCGGUCCAGGGGCCAACGGAAACCUGCGCUGUCCUGAGCACGGUGGCGGAUUACCACUACUUUGAUGACGACGAUGAUGAUGAUGAUUUCUGGGCUCCAGGCUGCUGUUCCGCCCGCACUGGGGGGCAGGGGCCAGAAAACAGAGGCUGCAGCCUCCCUGCCCCCCGGGGCACUGACCACUAGCCAUUCCCUGGGCCGGUGGCUGCUUCAGUGAGAUCUCCGGGCUCUGGAUCUGAAAAUAAUUUGGGGGUGGGCUGCUCUGUGCCCAAGAGGCUGUAGCCAGGCAGCCACAGUCCAAGACGCAGAGAGCCCGAGGGGCCUCUGAUGGGGGGCAGUGCCCCCUUCCCUGUCUCAGUUGUUGCCCCCCUGAGCCACCUCUACCAGGCUGGGGGCGGGCGGCCCCAGCCCCGAUCAUUAUUUAUGGAUUUUUAUUUAUUGUCCAAGUUUGGUUAUUUAUUGGGCAGAGAGGUUGCCUUCGACCGGGGCCUG